UUACUUUUUAGGAGGAUGACAGUAAAUCGACUACUCUUCUUACUCAUUUUUAUUUGGACCUCCAAAACAGGGUUCAGUGCUGAGAUCUCUGUGUUUGUGCAGACAGGAGCUUCUGUUCAACUGGAUAUACAGACACAACAACUACCAGAGUUUGAGGAUUUAUACUGGAUGAAUGAUAAAUCAGACAGUAUAGUUAAAUACAACAAUGAUUCCAAAAGAGUAAAACUUUAUGACUCCUACAAGGACAGAGUGGAUUUCAAUGAUGUAACCUUCUCUCUGACUCUGAAGAACAUGCAGAAGACAGACAGUGGACUCUACAGAGCAAGAACAAUUGGAUCAAAAACCAGAGAUUUGGUCUCAUACAGAGUAUCUGUUAUAGACUCUGUGGAGGCUCCUGUCCUGACUGUGAACUCAAUCUGGUUCAGCAGUGACUCCUGUACUGUGAACUUCACAUGCAGAGCUCAUGAGCUCAUGAUUAACUCCAGCUAUCAGAACAACAGCUGCUCUCCACAGGAAGUGACAUCACAGAUCAACACUCUCAUCCUGGACUGCAGUGAGGAAUCCAUCAUCUGUAACCAUAGCAACACUGUCAGCUGGAAACAAGACAGAAUAAACAUCACACGGCUCUGUGAUGAUAAAAAUGAAAUCUCAAAGAGUGAUUCAUCUCGCCUGGGUAUAGGAGUUGGUUUGGUGGCAGGGUGCAUUUUGCUUUUAUGUGUUUCAGCCGUUGUGUACUUCAAGUAUAAAAAAGGUGCUCCGGAGGAGGUAGAAGGUAAUACAGUCUAUGCUCAAGUUGAGGCUCAAGAAAUGCAGAAACCCAGCAGUGACUUCAAUCCUUAUGACAUUCCAGACCGGGUUCAAGCCGAGACACAAGAAGAAACAGGAGAUAAACAACCCAGCACAACCUACUGCACAGUAGGACAACACCAAAAACCACCAGUCCACCCUGAAACAGACCACACAAUUUAUUCAGCAGUGUGCAAACAACAAAACAAGAAACCACCUGUCAUAUCCACCAGUGACACUUAAAAUAAAACUGGUGGCCAUUUCUCACAUGAGGAAGGUAUCACAAGAUCUGAUCCCAAAAUGUCAUUUCUACUCUAACUAUCUUUGUCAUAUCUUUAUGUGGAAGAAAUAAUGAGAACAAUAUACAAGUGUGUUAAUUUGAGAAUCCAAUUUAGGUGUGCUUUCACAAGCACUGGUUUAGUAUAUUAGAUUCAAACAUCCAGAUCCAAAAGGUCUUACUUUUUUGUGUAUGACUGUGAAUUAUAUCUUAGAUUGGUUUUACUACACAAAACUUCAUAACUUUUAAAUAUAAUCCCACAGUGAGAAAAUAUUAACUGCAGUAAACUGUGACAACUGAUCCCACAUGAGAAUUUAGUAUGAAUUACAUUUACUUGAGUAAAUUGUCUGGGUAACUAAUAUUUUUUUGGAGGAUAUUUAAAUAUGGGUAUUUUUACCCUAGAUAGGUACUCUUACUUGAGCCAGACACAGACAUGUUUUUACAGCCAGCACUGCGCGUUAUAACCAAUCACACAAGAUUCUGUUGAGCUUAUGAAUGCAAUGGCCAAUCAAAAAAAUAAUGCUUAAUAAUAAUUUGCCAAUAUACUGUUGUGGCUUCUGUGUGUCACAUGACAACUCCAGAGUAUGAAAUAAACAUCCUCCAAACCCGCGUUAGCUCUGUUCCAGGAGGAAUGCCUUUGCCUAGACACAAUUAUUAUUGAUAUUUCCACAAUAUUUACACCAGCAACAAUAUACAUUUGUUUACAUUUUGCAGAAAAGACAGAAGAAUAUUCAUUAGUGCAUUUGGUUCGUUAUUGAUUUAUUUAUAUAUAUUUUAGUGCACUUUCAUUGAUUACCACUAGAGAGCAACAUUGUAUCUUAUUUCUGGCCAAUGGUUUCUCAUUGAGUGAACAAUUUUAUUUUGUUUAUUUUAUUUUUUUACUUAAAUCUUACUUAAAUUGUACCUUUGUUGAUUCUUGGAUUAGUCUUGGAAAUACUAUUUCCAGAGAUAGCCUUUUAAACAAACUCUGGCACUCAACACUGGAUAUUCUCAGCAUUCUCAGGUGAAGAUUAUUGAGAUGGGACCAAAUUGAACUAGUUUUCUGAUGAACAUGACUGUAGAUCCAUCAAAAUGCAUGUGCGCAACUAUUAAAGUAGAAUAUAAAUAUGAUAACAAAUAAUGAACAGAUUACACACAGGUUUAAUACAUUGAGACAAAACAACAGUAUUAGACCGCAAAUCCACAUUCCAUGUAUAAAAGCACACACAAACAAAACACGCCAAAAACAAAAGCAAGUGGCUUUUAUGUUGGAACCAGGUUCAUCUUCAAAUUCAGAUAGACACUUGUCACAUAAAUGUGUGUUCUGGGGACCUUACUUUCUAAAGCAAAGUCAUUCUUUUGAGUGGGAUAUUCUCUAUGAUAGUAAUUAACUACCGUAUUCUUUAGUAUUUUCCAUAUUAAACAGAAUCGAUACAAGAAAGUAUCGAGUCCACCGCACACAGACUCUUUGAAACAUUUCUGAUUUGUAGCUGAUAAACCAAAGUGAAAUGAUAGUGAAACAAGAGUUUAGUUGAUCAGUCACUUUAAUAGACAAAUGGCAGAAAAAUUACAAAUACAAUGCACUGUAAAUGUAUUUAUAAUUUGAUUCUUUUGACAGGUUCACCAUAAACGAAAUAUGGUUAAUUUUUAUAUAGAAUUUUAUUGAGCAAAUGUUCAUAUAUUAAGUUAUUCGCAUAGUUUUUUGUUAACAACAUACAGUAUUUUCUUAAGGAGGGUUUUUUGAAUUCUCUGAAGUAUGUAAUCCACUUUAUUUUGUAAGAAAACUCUUUUCUUUGAACGUGCGAGACUUACGGCUCAAGUGUAUUAAACUGUAAACUAUUUGCGAGACAAACCGAUGUGUUUGUGACAGUACAUUAAAAUAAUGAGGAAAACAACCAGUUUGAAAUAUCAAAUAUCAAGCACCUUUCAUGAGCUGUAGAGAAAAAAAGAAAGAAAAAAUAUAUAAAAAUAACUGGAAGCUAACGACCCAGAAGCCUCACACAUUCAACUUACAAUGGUCACUCUCUCUUUUAUGUUUACAUUUUUUUCUGUAUGAAAAAAAAAAACUUUUUCUGUAUUAGCCAAUCUACUGCAUAUUCAAAACAUAUAUUUUUUUUUACAUAAUUUUUAUUCAUUUUCAUUGUUUAUGUAAUAUGUUUUUGUCUUUUUUGAUGAAUACAAAAGACUAGAUGUGUUACAUGUGAGUUUCAUCUGCUGUCUUUAUAAAAUAACAUGGUUGGAUUAAAUUAAAAUCUUUAAAUCUUCAAA